CUUAAGGUCCCCCAGCAGCUCGCUGCCACCACCCCUGCCGUACCACUUGACAGCCAUGUCAGCGAGCACGAACAUCCCCCAAAAGACCUCACUGCCCGAGGGCCUCCGCACCGGCACGGUGGUGAGAAUUCGCGGAGUCGUCCCUGAAAAGGCUGGCAGGUUCUACGUAAACCUGCUGUGCAGCGAGGAGCCCGAAGCGGACUUGGUCUUGCAUUUCAACCCGCGGAUGGACGCCACCGAGGUGGUCUUCAACAGCAAGGAGCGUGGGGCCUGGGGCCCGGAGGAGCGCGGCCCUGGCCUCCCCUUCCAGCGCGGGCAGCCCUUCGAGGUGCUGCUCAUCACCACCGAAGAAGGCUUCAAGGCGGUGGUCGGGGACGCGGAGUACCACAACUUCCGUCACCGGAUACCACCGUCGCGCGUGCGCCUGCUGGAGGUGGGCGGCGACGUGCAGCUGGGGAGCCUGAGGAUCUUCUGAGCAGAGCCCAAGAGCCUGGGUUGCGGGAGGCCGGGAAGAACGCUGGAGAAUAAAGUGUCAGCCCUCAG